AUGUUUGGUUGGUCUGUUUUGUGGGCCGUCGCCUCGAAUUUCAAGGAUGCCGAAAAGGAUGGAUUUGAAAGGCAUAUUAGAGAGGUCGUAGAAGGCGAUACAAAUUUUGACUUCCCACCUGGCUCAAUCUGGGACUACUACAUCAAUAUGGAUACUGGGAAGUGGGAAAACUGGAACUCGAUAAUAGAACAAUUUCAUUUUGAUACCGAAAUGAAGUAUUUCGAUAUGCAAGUACCAACUGUAGACACAACAAAAUAUGGUACUCAAUUCAGCGGGGCUGAGAAUACGGGUUUCAAAGAGUCAGUUUGUUUAUUAAUGUUAAUACGAAGAGUAGGCGUAAACGACUUAGUAGAGUGUAUGGAGAAAUAG